GAACCCACAGCGGCGGGCUUGUGGGGGUGGGGGGGUGGCCCUGGCGUGGGGGCUGUGGAGGUGCGCGGGGACCCGGCGCGGUGGCUGCGGUGGCUGCGGGACUGACGAGAAACUACUAAACUUCCUGUGCAAGCGAAGUAGAAUUUCAUAAGAACAUAAUGGAUGGAGAAGACAAAACCUAUGGUGGCUGUGAAGGCCCUGAUGCCAUGUAUGUCAAAUUGAUAUCUUCAGAUGGUCAUGAAUUUAUUGUAAAAAGAGAACAUGCAUUAACAUCAGGAGCAAUAAAAGCCAUGUUGAGUGGCCCAGGAAACUACUAAACUUCCUGUGCAAGCGAAGUAGAAUUUCAUAAGAACAUAAUGGAUGGAGAAGAGAAAACCUAUGGUGGCUGUGAAGGCCCUGAUGCCAUGUAUGUCAAAUUGAUAUCUUCAGAUGGUCAUGAAUUUAUUGUAAAAAGAGAACAUGCAUUAACAUCAGGAACAAUAAAAGCCAUGUUGAGUGGCCCAGGUCAAUUUGCUGAGAAGGAAACUAAUGAAGUCAAUUUUAGAGAGAUCCCUUCACACGUGCUAUCAAAAGUGUGCAUGUAUUUUACUUACAAGGUUCGCUACACUAACAGCUCCACGGAAAUUCCUGAAUUCCCAAUUGCACCUGAAAUUGCACUGGAACUGCUGAUGGCUGCGAACUUCCUAGAUUGUUAAAUAAAAUAAAUUAUAAUAAACUGUUAACUUUUUUCAGUAUUUAAUACCUGUAGUUCAGUUAGUAAUUUUUUCAUAUAUAGCAUGUUGCCUGUGUGCGAUUGAACUUUAAAGUUCAUUGCAAAGCCGACUAUCGUCUUUUCUUUUGCAUGACACAGUUGAAAUUUGUUUGCUACAUCAACAGAUUAAGGACAUUUUCACAAAUUGAGAAAUAAACAAAUAUGUCAGUUGCUAAGUAGUUUUGCCUUAUCCUUUGGAUGUGAUUUUUAAAAUUAGAGCGGUGGCAAUAUAGUAAAUGCUGAAAUUUAGUCAUAAAUGAACAUAUUCUACAGGUUAAUAUUGGGCUAUGUAUUUUUAUGUUUUCAGUGUGUUUUUUUUUAACCUAUUCUGAUCUUAUAGCCAUCAUUACCAUUAGAAUUAUGCAAAUAAUUGCAUUAUAAACAUGUUUAUAACUUAGCCAAAUGUUGAUUUUUUUUUUAUAAUUGUCAGACAUGAGUUGAAAUUUCUUAUGUGUCUUUUGAUAAACUGCAGUAUUGUUUAAGUGUAUCUUGUCUUUUUGUUCAUUGCUACAAUUUAAAAACUUUAUUUAAAAGCAGUUUGGCAGAUUACUUGGUACGGCUGUUGGAACAGUGACCUUUUGAACUGUAGCCACAUGGUCAAUAAGUAAAGUACAUGACCUUGAUUUCAUGUGUACUGUGCAUUUUGGCCAAUCCAAAGUACUGUAUUUUCAUUGACUAUAAAGCUUCCUUUGCAAUAUUCAUUCUUCUUA